GCAUUUAGUCGGGCUGUAGUUUUUGAGCAUGUGAACGUUGGAUUGGGGGUUUUAGGCGCCCGUACACGAUGAUGGGCGAUGCUAGGGAGGAAGAGCCUGUGGCGAGGAAGAGACUCUUCCACGGAUGGUCUCAAGACGACGUGGAGGAGUUCCUCGAGCAAGACGACGCCGUCAUGUCCCAGUUGCCAGUGAGCCCCGAGGAUAGAGCAUUGGGGGAGCUUGACUUCUACAAGAGGUAUCUCAUCCAGUGCCUUGCAAAGGGUCGUCUCGGUGUGGAGGAGCUGAGACAAAUGAAGGACGUCAAGUGUGAAGCUUUCGAGUCGUACUUAUGCUCGCUGGUGAAUGCGAGGCAGCGACUUCCGCUCAAUAAUAGCGCUUCUGGAGUUCCAAAGUCGCUGAUGUAUACCUGUGAUGUCGACGAGCAUGGGAGGAUUUCCUACCAGAGGCCAUAUUACGAGGAUGGCAGGACUCCCUUGCAGAGAGCUUUUGGAGACGAUAAAGUUCUCCAGGUGAGAUUCAAUUGCCAAGGAGUUACGAGUCCAGAGAUGUAUCGAGAUAUCAUCGAGAGGGGCUUCAACGUUGGGCUUCGCCAUUUCGAGUACUUUGUGCACAAGGAAGAAAAAAAACGCAAAAACAUGAGCAAAGUCAAGCAAACGCGGCAGCAACGAUCCUUUUUCGUGUGUACAAAAUCCAUCGCUGCGAGCGACCUGGUUGACCCGCACUUCUUGAAGUUCCGCUCGAUGGAUGCCUGUCGGAAGUAUAUCAUGCACAUCCACACCGUUCCAUGCUUGCAGCUCUACAACAAGAGGCUGCAACUGGCACUCUCAAAAACAUGGACAGCCAACGUAAACAUGAGCGAAAUUAAUGUCGUUUGUUUCAAGGACAUUCCAUGCAGACAUGAUCCGGGUGGAGAGAUUGCAGUGGGCUGUAACGGCAAGCCUUUGAUCCAUACGGAUGGAACCGGAUUCAUUUCUGAGGAUUUAGCGAAACAAGUUGCAGUGAAUGCUUCAGAUGAGUAUCCUGCUCUGCUUCAAGUACGUCUUUUCUAUCACGGGAUAGCAGUCAAAGGCACGCUUCUAACUUUAAAAACACUUCAGCAUAAAACAAUCGUGUACAGGGAUUCAAUGCUCAAGGUUAAGGCUGAUCCCAAACUGGCAAACUGUCCAAGCUUCAAUUCUUUGGAGAUUUGCACCACAAGCCACAAGCCACCAGUAGCAAGCUUGUCACGCUACGUGAUAGCUCUCUUACUGGAAGGGGGUGUUCCUGAAAGUUUUUUCAUCCAGGUAGUGCAAGAAGCGAUUGCGAAGGCCAUGACUCCCCUGCAAGAUAUUGCUGCCGCUCACAGGCUUUGUUCGAGAUUCUCGUUCGGAGAUAUGCCGAGAAGGAUGAUUCUCGCAGGGAUCCCGCUGACGGAUCACUUUCUAAGAAACAGUCUAAUGACGAUGAUACGAACGCAGCUCAAACGCUACGCAAAAGCCAAUGUUCCACUCGAAGGCUCGUACUACUUGAUGGGAUCUGCAGAUCCCACAAACACGCUUGCGAGAAACCAAGUCGCGAUUCUCCUAGAAAAUGGACCUCUGCAUAGGCACAAGGUUCUCGUUUAUAAACACCCGGGGAUGCACCCCGGCGACGUUCACGUAUUCGAGGCAACUUGGAACCAGGAACUGGAGAGUUCCCUCGGAAACAGCAAGUACGUUAUAAUCUUCCCGACGAAAGGGCCUCGUUCCGUCGUGCACGAGAUUGCAAACAGCGAUCUGGACGGUGAUUUGUACUGGAUUUGCACGAACGAGCAGGUCUCAAACCUCUAUAAGCCGCAAUUGCCAUGGCAAGAGAAAAGAACAAACGGAACCACGGCCGUGCCGAGUUGCUUGGGGAUGAGCCCCGAAGUUAUAAUGAGCCGUUUAGUGGCUAUGUUCCUCAGAGCUAUAUUCAAGCCAAACUUUGCAAUCUCCCGAGCGGCCACAAACUGGCUGAUUCACAUGGACAAGUAUCUCAGCACAAGCUUUGACAAUGUACGCGAACGAGAGUUUCGGCAGAAUUGCCUUCUCGAGCUCGCUGAUUUGUACUACUUGGCUCUGGACGCGGAUAAAACCGGAGAAAUGGUUACUAUCGAGGAUAGGCUAUUGUGCGACAAGAUCAAGCCGCAUUUCCUAGUCGAAGAGAACAGCAACAAUCCGAAUAGACGUAAGAUCCAGCAACAGGACAAUGUGUAUAGAUCAACCUCGAUAUUUGGAAAGAUCUAUAAUGUAGUGACCGAGGUAAUUGAAAACGAAGCCAAGGAAUUCACAGGACCUCUGAUGUUCUACGAGGAGUUUGUCUACGGGAAUUACCUGAGCUACAAAGACUUGUGGAGGCAGCACUUUAACAACUAUCGUCUGGAAAUGAGCCUGGCCUUGGACGAGAAAUCGGCCGAGAAGACGGACGAGAUCGCUGCGCAGUAUUGUCAGAUGCUUUAUACCGGAUCCACGAACUUGGAUGGAGCAAAGAAGAGUAUUUAUCAGAUCUACCAAGAGUCUUGUGCCAUCUACAGCGUUGUCCACGACCACGUCCAGUUUUGCUUAGAUCGAGCGCGAGCAGGGAGCGAAAACGAGAAAGAGUGCAGGCCCAGCUUCACGUUUGCUUGGAAAGUGGCUGGAGAGCCCCUGUGCCAUCUCUUCUGUGAAAGGAGGAAGGAAAGCGGUGGUACCUUCUCCGUGGCGAGAGAUGUUCUUGACACUAUCGCUGGCGCUCCAGGUGCUCUUGCAAGGCUUCGGAGAUUCUAACUUUCGUCAACGAGUUCUAAGUAAGCUUAUCAACCAUCUUGUGAAUUAUUUUGUAGGUUCAAUCAACAGUAACCAUUUUUUUUUCUCUGUAAGUACUCUCAUUUUAAAUCAAAGAUCUAGAAAUCAA